GUCGUUGGCAAAAGUGAAUAUAAAUAAUAAGGCUAUAUCCUAUUUAAGAGCUUAAAGCGCUUAACAGGUUUGGUUUUGUUGGCAUUCAGGUAUUGUUAAAUGGGCGAAAUUGAAUAGUGGAGGUCUUUGGUCUGCGAAUCUAUGGACAUAAUAGUGUUUCGGAAUGUGAUUUAUUUUUGUGCUAAAUGAGUAAUAACGUGUUCUUCUCAAUGUUAGCUAUGCAGUUCCAAGUGGCGGUCAGAGUACUAGCGAUCAUUGAACUCAGCCUGAUUGCAAGAGGUACCUCGACCUGUCUGGAAACUACGCAUCUGGUGUCCGGGAAACGUCCCAUUCCUGACGAUUAUCUGACGGCUUCUAGUCAGUUUAAUGGGAAUAACGACAAUAGGAUAACCGACAACUAUAGUCCGUGGAGAUCCAGGCUGGAUACUAAAGAAAUAUAUGAAAAUAAUAGUUGGCUUAAUGGCUGUUGGGCUGCCCAAUCGAAUGAUGCUCAACAGUGGAUACAGGCGAGAUUCCUAGCAAGGAGCUAUAUAACUGGAAUAGUGACCCAGGGUAGAAACGGUGCAAGAGGGGCUGAACAACGAGUUACUUCAUAUCAGUUUUACGUUUCAGAAGACUGUGUGAAUUUUGUUACAACCAAAAAAGCAAACGGUGACAACGAGAUAUUUCCUGGCAAUACUGACCAAGAUUCAUAUGUGACAAACAAGCUUGCACAUCCAGUCUGUGCUUUGUGCGUGCGCAUCCAACCAGUCACGUGGGAUUGGCACAUAUCGUUACGCUUUGACGUGCUGGGCUGCCCUUGUGGAAAUCAUAAUGGUUCGCAAUGUGAACAUAGCUGCCCAACGAACUGUGCAUCGGUGAACAAUAUCACAAGUUGUGAUGACCAAGGUGUUUGCGUUGAUGGUUGUUUCCGGGAUUUUUUUGGCAGAAAGUGUAAUAAUCCUUGUCCAUCAAACUGCGCAGCAGUAGCUAAUGGUAGCAGGUGUGAUCAACAAGGUGUUUGUGUCAACGGAUGCGUAGAUAGCCAUUUUGGUCGACAGUGUUCGAACCCUUGUCCAAUAAAUUGUGCAACAGGAGCAAAUGCUAGAAGGUGUGAUCAACAAGGUGAUUGUUUCAACGGAUGCGUAAAUGACCAUUUUGGUAGACAGUGUUCGAAUCCUUGUCCAUCAAACUGCGCAGCAGGAGGAAAUACUAGUAGGUGUGAUCAACAAGGUGAUUGUGUCAAAGGAUGCGUAAAUGACCAUUUUGGUAGACAGUGUUCGAAUUCCUGUCCAACAAACUGUGCUCCAGUAGCUGGAGAAAGCCGAUGUUCAAACUCUGGCACAUGCACUAUGGGAUGCGUUGCGGGAUAUAAGGGCGGUACAUGUGAAUCAUCGAUUGACGGGUUUGUGUCUGAAGAGAGCGGGGGCGGAUUUAAGUCUGGAAUGAUUGCAAGCUUGAUUGUGAAUUGUAUCGUCAUAAUAAUACUCGCGGUGAUGAGUUGCUUACUCCGGAAGAAAAGACUUACUAAUACAGAUGUUGUCAACAAAUCUUCGAGUGACCGAUCAGGGCACGCAGAACUCAGUCAAUUCAGCAUGGAGACCUGUUCUGUGCACAGUACCUUGGACAACAACAGGGAUGAAGCCAAACCGUAUGCGUCUCUUAAUUUUGGACAUACUUAAGUUUACAAAGAAUUGAACAAACAUGUUUUACACUUGUGCAACAUUAUAUGGUGUUUGUGUUAGAACCAAAUGUUUUCUGUUUAUAUUGCCGUUACCAUUAUUAUAUAGCGAUAUACUGCACACCAUAAGGUGCAAUCGAGUAUAUAGAGAAUACUAGGUUAGCGUUGAAUACAGAGAAGUUUAUGUUGCGAGGCUUAGAACGCCGGAAGCGCGAGCCUUGGCGAGCGCUUUCGGUGUUCGAGCCGAGCAACAUAAACUUCUCUGUAUUCAACGCUAAUCCUAGUAUUCUAUUUAUCCCAUUUGAUUUUUUCAACGUGACAUUUAACAUAAAUAGAUCUAAUAACCUUAACAAUAAUUCUAAUUCAGUCAUAAAAGCGCUUAAAAUCUAACAAAUGUAACCAUGCGUAGUGAUAUACAUGCAUUUGUUCUGGUACGCAAAAUAGUCUUUAAAAAAUUCACACACAAACUGUAAAACAAGUAAAAAUAUCACCAUAUGCCUACAUUCAAUUUAACGCAGUAUGCGAAUUUUAACACAUUACGACCGCGAAAAGAAGAUUUUACUUUACUAUAAUUUAUUUUAUUUUCGAAAGAAAAUGAUCAAAAUCCAAUAUGGCGGCGAUUGCUCCUGACAAAAUGCUGUCGAUGUCAACAUACAUGUACACCAUCGACGACCUAGUUCUGGCUACCAUAACUUUAAAUGUCGCUUUUUAUGAUUUUUGACUGGCGCGACUUUGUACAGGUCUGUCAAUACUAAAUAAACUGUACGCUGAAGUUUCUUUAGCUAUCGAAGACCUUGACAAUUUUGACCAGUAAACAGACAAUUGCAGCGACUGACACUUUAUUUGACAAAAUAUACAGGGCAAUACGUUUUCCGACUUCGGACGAUGAAUUUAAGGACGCGCAGAACGUGUUUUUUAUAUAAUGUUAUGGGUAUGCCGUGUGUGAUCCGAUGCAUCAAUGGCGCCCAUGUUAAAAUCAUUUCCCCGAGAACAGGGAACGACAAAAGUACAAACAAAAAUCAAAACACGUAAGAACUAGUAUCUUACCUUUAGUUAUCCUUUAAAAUCCAUCUAAUAAUCCAUUUAACUCAAUAAUUGACGAUUUUGCAUCUAGGGUCAUUAAUAAUUAUUUUAGCAUAGUUAAAUAAAGACCCUUAUGCCAUUCUAUCACUUUAUUCAAAUGAGUUUAUGAACGCGAUAAACUUUCUUCUUCGUCACACGCUACGUCAUUUACUCUACAUUUCUGCUGUUCAAAUGAACCGGAGCAGUUUAUCUAAUAAUAGCCGUUGGUAAACUCGGUUGCAUUUGCAGAUUUCUGCAUACAAACAUAAUUAUGUUUAAACUUGCACAAUGUUUUAUUUAUCUAUGGUAUAUACACUUAUUGUACGAGAAAAUAAUUUAAUAUAUAAAUACACAAAGAAUGGAAAACAUUCCAGUACACAACAGAUAAAUGAGUAGAAAAUACCCGUGUAAAAAAUGGGACGUUCCCAAUUCCAGUGUGGUGCUAUUUUUACCAUCUUAUACUUUACACAGUUCUAUGCCUAACGUGAAUUAAAUAGGAAAGCAAACAUAGCAGAUUAUUCAUGAACUGUGCGAUAUGUGUAUGGCUUGUUGUACAUUCUUAAUAUUUAAGUUAAAUGUCAAAAGUAUAUGCUUUGGUUAUAAACAAUGCACAUUACACUAAAUAAUGUCGUAUAAUUUUGAAGCUCAAGUUUUGUCGACUUU